AUGAACGGGUUUGAAGAAAAUCAAGAAGGAAACAAUCUCGAUCCAGUUAUGUAAUAUCUAUACAGAGCUAUUGACAAGCUGAAAAAACAAAACGAAAAGCUCAGGAGCGAGCUAAAAGUUUUAAGUCGAGCACUUGAUGAAGCAUUAGACAAACAAAAGAAGCAGGAAAGAGAAAGAGCCAGAGUUCCGCCUCGAGAAGAAGGCAGCACAGAAACCGAAAAAGAGCUUCAAACCUCUCUUGCCCGCAUAAACAAAUACAAAAAAGACAUAGCGAAUAUGAAAAAGCAAUUAGAUGGAAAUCUUAAUGAAUCUAAAAUAACUGACUUAGAAAACCAAUCAAAAUACCUCAGCAAACGAAUCCAAGAACUUGAAGCUGAAAACGCAUCACUCAUGAAAAUCGAAAAAGAGCAAAAAAAAGCCCUAGAUAGUGCAAAUAAUGCCCAAGGGUACCCAGAAAAAGUUGAAUCCUUAAAACAAGAAAUUAAAUCACUGAAAGAAAGAUAUAGAGAGCUAUUAUCAAGGCAAAAACAAGACGAAAAAAUAUUGAAGGAGCAGCAUGAAAAAUGUGUGGAUUUAGAAGAAAAAUGCAGAAAAAUCAAAGCUAUGAUAAAACAGAAAAAGCAAGAAGAAGACGAGCCAAAACCUAAAGAAAUCACUGAAAGAGAUAUAAGGGAAUUAGAAGAAAAAAUAAAGGAAACUGAACAGAAGAAAAAAGAAGAAGAACAAAAACUGAAAAAAAGAAUAAAAGAGUUAGAAUCUCACUCCCCCUCCUUUAAAUUCAACAAAAAAUAAUCUGCUUCAAUUUUUCCAUUAAAUUAGUUCAAAACUAAAUUUAUAAAAAUUAGUAUUUGCCUGGAUAUAAAUUAAAAUUUUUUAUCUAUAUUUUCCAAUUUAAAAUGGGGAGUCAGGUAAAAGAAAGCAGGUAUAAUAUCAAUACUUUGAACAUCAAAUUGAAAGAAAAAGACCAAGAAUGCAGAUUAAGUAUGCUCAAAAUAAAAGAGCUGAGGAGAGCAGUUAGACAUAAUCAGCUUAAGCCAAUUCCAAGGCCAGAAAACAAUGAAAGUGUGAACAACAGUCGCCAAAAAGUUAUGAAAUCACAAGAGUCAAUAAAUUCCAAGAAUUCAGAUGAAAAUAUAAGAUUCAGCAGAGAAGCAAGAAAAAUCAAAGAUUUGAAAUCCAGAAACGAAAAAAGCCAGGAAUCUGGAUCUGAUAUUGAUGAAUAUCAAGGUGAAAUUGGCAGAGACACUCCUCAAAAAUCAUCAUCUGUUAGUCCUCAAGGCACACCCCAACAAGAUUUUUCUGAAAGAUUCGAACAGCCUAUAGAGCCUGCAAAGAAAGCUGAAGAAGCUGAUAAGCCUGCAGUCUUUUCUAAGCCAAACUUUAGACUUCGCUAA